UUUCACACAACAUUCCUUAGCACAUACAUCUAGAAUAUACGGAGUCUUUAUGGAUGUUUCGACUUUAAAUGAGGAAUUUAAACUGUACUACCCACAUGGACGCGCUAGUAACAAUUUGGAAAAAUUCUAG